GAGAGGAAACGGCCAACAAGCUGGCUACUAGUGAUAAACUGUCCUCGUUCUUCGGGGCAAUGGACGAGGAGGAGGAGGAGGAAGUCACCGAUCUGAAGCUGCAAUUGUUCCAUAAUACAGUACGCGAGCACAUUAUAUUCCUACUGUUGAUCAUCUUGUUGUAUCUCAGCUCGUAUGUGGUUGUAUCUCGUUUUCGGCGACGCGAUCGCGACGAUCUCUAUUCGAAUGACGAGGACGAGGUGCUGGUCUAUCGCAUAAGCUUCUGGCUCUGCACUUUCACACUGGCGGUGGCUGAAGGGGCUGCCAUGCUGCUGCCAGUGUCCAUUGCCAGCAAUGAGGUGCUGCUGCUCUAUCCGAACAGCUACUAUGUCAAGUGGCUGAAUAGUUCCCUCAUCCAGGGUCUGUGGAACCAUGUGUUUCUGUUCUCCAAUCUGUCGCUGUUUAUCUUCCUGCCCUUCGUUUACUUGUUCUCCGAAUCGACAGGAUUUGUUGGACACAAAAAGGGCAUCCUGCCGCGCGUCUACGAGACCUUUACAGUAUUUAUGCUUAUGGCCGUUAUUGUUCUUGUACUAACAGCAGUUCUAAGUGCAGUCUUUGGCAUUGAAAAGUUGCAAUUCUUUUGGUUUCUAAAUUUGGGCAGUGUUCACCUUCCGUUCCUUUAUUCGUGUGUCUCUUUUUUGGGCGUCAUGCUAAUGCUGAUCUGCACCCCUUAUGGCUUUGUGCGUCUGUUUGGCGUUGUCAACCAGGUGCUGGUCCGUCCCAUGCUGCUGCGGGACGUGAACGAGGAAUUCAGCGCCUUCUACAUGGAGGAGGCGAGUGUCAAGCGGAAGCUGGCCCACCUCGAACUCCAGAACGUCAGCAUCGCGGACAUGGCCAAUGGCGGUCGCGUGGGAAACGGCCUGGGACGCAGUCGACCAUUUCAGCCGGUGCCCCUGCUGGAGCAGUCGCAGGCACAUCUCUACCAGCGGAAGGCGAUGCCCAGCGACAUGGGCGAGCAGCAGUUGCUGCUGAACGAAAGACUGAGGCAACUGGACAGCGAGCGCAAGGAGCUAGACAAGCUGCGGAAGUCGAGCACUUUCCAGCGUACCUUCGUUUACCCGCUGGCCAUGUUGCUGUUGCUCUUCUUCACGGGAGUAACUAUUCUCCUUGUUGUGCAGAACACUCUGGAGCUGCUGAUUGGCAUUAAGGCUCUGCCUCUAAGCACGAGGCAACUCACGCUGGGCAUCUCAUCACUGUCGAAGCUAGGACCCUUUGGCGCUGGAUUGGAGGUGUGUCUCAUCUUCUACCUGGGCGCCACCUCGGUUGUGGGCUUCUACAGCAUGCCCUUCAUGCGGAAUGUUCGGCCGAAAAGGCGGGAGACUUCGUUGCCCCAACUGAUGCUCAAUUGCGGUUUUAUGCUGGUCCUGUCCUCCGCUCUGCCGCUUCUCAGCAGGAUCAUAGGCAUUACAAACUUUGACUUGCUGGGUGACUUUGGAGCCAUUGAGUGGCUGGGAAACUUCCAGAUUGUCCUUCUAUACAAUUUGGUCUUCGGCACCACCACGGCCCUGUGCCUGGCCAACAAGUUUACGGCGACGGUGCGGCGGGAGCUGCGAGCCCGGUUAGUGGAGAACUAUGUGCUCUUUACUAACUACAUGAGCUUCAUCAACUGAUAUUUGUGCAAGCGUCGCGACAACGCGUCUCUCGUCAGGCCCAAUCAGUGCGCCCACCACCUGACCAGACGCCUUGUCGAGUCGCCGCUGCAGAGCCUGACUAGUUUAUAUGCCAAUUAUCGCAACCUUAGUCGUAAGAGCAGUCGCAAUACCACCGCUAGUCGCAAGGCAAACGAAAUGAACUGUUGAGAAAUAACUGAAAUAUUGGAACGGGCAGCUAAAACAAUAUAAUAUACCUUUACAUAUGUUAUAUGAUCACGAGUAGUUGUGCAGAACUGAUACUGAUAUUUAAAUGUUGCGGUAUUAACUGUUGUGCUUAAUUGUUUCACUUUAAAGAAGAGUAUACAUUAUCCCGAUAUAUAUAUGUAUCCCAAGAUAUAGGCAUUCACAGAAUUCUCGCAGUUAGUUAUUGUGUAAAUAGCGAAGUGAAAGUUCAGUCGCAGUCAACGUUUGCCGUGUAGACCUAGGUCCUAGCCUAUAUUAUUUGUAUUUUAGUCUCUUUUCGUUCAGAGUCUAGUUCUUAAUUCCAUUUCAUACAUAUGUGUAUUUGUGAGUUAUUUAUUUAAGAUUUUAACAAUGUUCCUUAAGAGUAGCGCACCGACUGAGGCGCCUUCAUUUCAUUUUACCACAACUCUAUAACACAAUAUUCACGAAAUCACACACUUACAAGCGUCUAAUACAUAUGUGAUAAAAUAUAAUAAACAAAGCAUUUUACUAACUCAUCGAAA